AUGGCUGCAAACCAACCUCUGGACGAUACCGUAGUGGUUGGUAUUGACUUUGGGACUACAUUUUCUGGCGUCUCAUGGGCACACACUCGAGAGCCAGAUGCUAUCGAAAUAGUCACAUGCUGGGACUCAGAGCUUAACCACUGUUCAGAUGUUGAGAAGGCACCCACCCAGCUGUAUUUCGAUGCAAAUGACCACGACAUCAAAUGGGGCUACGGCAUCCCUCUUGACAAGGAACCACUCAAGUGGUUCAAGCUACUACUUCUUGACAACAUUGACCUCCCUGCCGAUGUCGCCAGUGCGGACUUGCUCGAGCGAUCCAAAUUUCAGGUAGUCCUUACUCUACCUACUAUUUGGCCACCGUAUGCGCAAAACCGAAUGAAGCAAGCCACCCAACAGUCUGGUAUCUUGGAUGGACGACCUGCUGGCACUACUAUGCUUCAAUUCAUUUCGGAGCCUGAAGCUGCCGCCCUUGCUACUAUCAAAGACAUGGGGAAACGAUCAACCGUCGAGACUGGUGACACCGUUGUUGUCUGUGAUGCCGGAGGUGGCACAGUUGGUGAUGGUGAUCUCUGCGGUGGAGUGUUUCUUGACGAAGGUUUCAUGAAACUUGUCAAGGAGAAAACGCCCACCGUCUCUUGGUCGUCGGUCAGCAAGCUUGAGGAAAAGAAGUUCCUCAAUGAUGAAUGGGAGCACGGCAUCAAACCCCAAUUCGAGAACCAAAUGCGAACAUGGCCAGUUUACCUGCCUGGCAGCUGCAACAGCAAUUCAUCGGCCAGCGGAUUAAAACGCCGCGAGACACUUGAUUUGUCCUCUGAUGAAAUCCAGUCCGUAUUCUUGCCUAUCGCUAUCAGAAUUGAGGCCUUAGUGCGCCUUCAGGUCGAUGCUAUUGAGGCCAAAUACUACCAGGCACCGAAGUACAUCAUCCUCGUGGGAGGCUUUGGCCGUAGCCGCUAUCUGUUUAAUCAUCUUCAGGGACGAUUUCAAUCCACCAUCCUGCAGUCAAAUGGAAACAAGCCAUGGACCGCUAUCUGUCGUGGAGUUGUCGUUCGGAGGCUCAUGCGAUACAACCCUUCCUCCGGCCUUGGAAUGGUUGUUGCGUCACGGGUCGCUCGCAUGAGUUAUGGCAUCAAGUAUUUUGAACGCUUCGUUCAUGGAAAGCACAAGAAGAAGGACCGUUUCUGGUGCAGCAAAAGAAACAGCUGGAUGGCCAAUAACCAAAUGCAAUGGUUUCUCUCAGAAGGCGAUGAUAUUUCGGAGAAGAGGUCGGUUCAUCACAAUUAUCUCCGUCUAUUAGAGGGCGAUGUGUUCGAUGUGUCUGAAGAAAUUUAUUGCUCAACAAGUUUCCCGCCUCCCAGUCGAUACGAUGGUAACAAGGUUCGAUCUUUGUGCAACAUUUCAUGGAAUCGAAAUGUUGACACCAAGUCUCUUCCGAAAUUCACCAACGACUACGGAGAAAGCUUCCCAAAGCUUUCUUACAGGGUCGAAAUGGAUUGUGAAGAUGGAAUUAUAAAUUUCGCUGUCUACUCCAAAGGACGAAAGGUUGCUGGGCGAGAGGUUGAUGUUCAAUUCGUCUAG